AUGCUUCCUGUAAUCGAAAAAGCGACGUACAAUCGGGUGCACCCGAGCGAUGAAUCCAGCGACCGGUCUUACAGCGAAGAGACAACGUUGAUGCGGGAGGGCCUUGUCAAGAGAAGAUCUGGAUCAUGUUCACUUCUCUUCAAGUCCCUUUGUGUUCUGGCUGUUCUGAUCUUGUAUUCGGCGGCUCUGAUCCAGAUAUCUGCGCACAUAUUCAGAGCUGGUCGUAUGCAGGGCACCAGGGCCAUGGAUUCUAUCGUCGAUGGAUUCCUCCAGUAUGAAUUUCGCGAGUUCUACCAAUUCGAGAAGGGACUCCAGAACGUCACGUAUUUCACUGAGCCUGACGCGGAGGUGGACAGAAACUGGCAUAAUAUUCUCGCACAUCAGAACAUUCGAUUUCCGAAACAUACAAUGGAAGAACUUGGUCGCGUGGACGAGGGUAUCGAACUCCCCGGAGGUGGUUACUUUGGAUCUAUCAUGGUCUACCAUCACUUGCACUGCCUGAAAAACCUGUAUCACGCCCUGCACCCAGAAUACUACAAUUUCAGCAAGUUGACAAGUCACGAGCAAGAGAGACUCGCCGAGCACAACGAUCAUUGUCUCCAUAUGCUUCGAGAGGCAGUGAUGUGUCAAGGUGACACAACGCUGAUCGCCAUGAAGUGGAACUCCACUGGUCUUCGGCCGAUCGGAAACUUGACCAGUCCCCAUGAAUGCGUCAACUGGGACAGGCUUAUGGAGUGGGUGGUUCCCAACUCCUUCGAUGCUCUUGCUGAUAGCAUGCUGGUACAUCCGACUUUUGGACCGGUAUUCCGCGAUCGCCAAUUAGUCGAAGCGUCCUGA